AAUAAGAUUAAAAGGGUCACUUGAUACAGAGCUCUCUCUCUCUCUCUCUCUCUCUCUCUCUCUCUCUCUCUCAUGGUUGUUGAUCUGUAUUCAUUAUUGAAGGUUGGAAAAAAGUUGUCAUUUCGGACGUUAGCUGUAACGCCAAUUGUUUCUAGCGAUCCUCUCACUGUGAUCACACCCUUCUCUUUAUAAAUUUUACACCAAACGGUUUGAUUUUUGAAUUUUACACUGUUCUGUUAAAUGGGUGCUUGUUAUUCAACAACAGGCAACACCCGGAGACAUAAAAAACAAGAUGAAGGCGAUGAAGAUGAUGAUGGAUGGUGGAAAUCGAAGCGUGGUAGUAAGAUUAAUCGAACAUCCGCCGAUUUUAAGUUCGUGUUCGGCGGCAGUGUGGAGGAACGACUGCUCCACCAUGUUCCUGGUAGGCUUUUCGGUAAUGGCUCCUGCAGUAUCGCCAGUUUGCAUACGCAACAGGGCAAGAAAGGCACCAAUCAAGACGCCAUGAUCGUUUGGGAGAAAUUCAACUCAAAUAGUGAUGCAGUCUUCUGUGGAGUAUUUGAUGGACAUGGGCCUUAUGGUCAUAUGGUUGCUAAGAAAGUUCGUGACUCACUUCCUGUUCUCUUAUCCACUCAAUGGAUGGAUACCAAUACCAAUAUCACUAACACCAAUCAAAUUUCUGAUAAUGAGAACAUGAAUACCAAUGAAAGCAUACCUGAAGAGGAACUAUUUGAAGAAUAUUGGUGUGAACAAUCAGAUGUUGAAGAAAAAGAAACAAUCCCAGAAAAGUAUUUGCCCCUUAAAAAGUCUAUACUCAAAUCUUUCAAGUUAAUUGACAAAGAACUCAAGAACCAUCCAUCUAUUGACUGUUUCUGCAGUGGAACAACUGCUGUUACUAUGAUCAAGCAGGGUCAGGAUCUUGUAAUUGGAAAUGUUGGUGACUCAAGAGCAGUGUUAGCAACUAGAGAUGAACACAAUUCAUUAGUUCCAGUCCAGUUGACCGUUGACUUGAAACCUAAUCUCCCAAGGGAAGCAGCUAGGAUCCAUCAGUUUAAAGGAAGGGUGUUUGCAUUGCAAGAUGAGCCAGAUGUUUCACGUGUAUGGCUACCAAAUAGUGACUCCCCUGGUUUAGCAAUGGCUAGAGCCUUCGGGGAUUUCUGUUUAAAAGACUUCGGUUUAAUUUCAGUCCCUGACAUUUUUUAUCACCGGAUUACCGAAAGAGACGAAUUUGUGAUCCUUGCAACUGAUGGUGUAUGGGAUGUGCUAUCGAAUAAGGAAGCUGUAGAGAUUGUGGGUGCAGCUCCUAGCCGGUCAACUGCAGCCAGAGCACUUGUUGACUGUGCCACAAGAUCAUGGAAGCUCAAAUACCCAACUUCUAAAACCGAUGAUUGUGCUGCUGUUUGCUUAUUUCUUCACCAAAAUCCCAAAACUGUUGCAAAAAAAACAGAUACUGAUGAAGCUGAAGUUGAAACUGUUGUUGAUUGUAGUGAGAUUGUGGUUGUUGAUAAUGAAAAGGUGGUUGAAAAGAGUGUUGUAGGAAGGUCGCAAAGGAGCCUGGCUGAAUGCAUAUCCACAUCAGAAGAUGAAGAAUGGUCAGCUCUUGAAGGUGUGACACGUGUCAAUAGUUUGCUCAGUAUUCCCAGAUUUUUGUCAAUUGAUAAAAGAUCGGCAAGUUGGAGGAAAUCUGGUUCCAAGAUUUGAAAUUUUAAUGCAAACAAUUGCACAUCGGUUUUCAGGAAUAAGAUCAAUGUAUAUUUCUCUUUUCCAUUUUUUUUUUGUAUGUAAUGUUGUUGAACAAAAAGAGAACUCUAAAUUUUGUUGGUGAUGCUAAUUUUAGGACCAGGAUCGAGAUAAAUACAGUUUAUUUAUUUUUGUUCUUUUCUCA